AUGCAGACGAUUUGGCUGCUGUUUUUCCUGUUCCAAAUAUCCACUGGCUUCACCGGAAGAGGACUGUAUUACCCAGGACGAAAUGAUCUAUUCGAGCUGUCGGUGAUACACUUAAACGAUUUCCACGCGAGGUUCGAGCAAACGGGUCCAGAAUCCGGCACAUGUCACGCAGACAAGGAAAAGGAUUGCGUCGGCGGAAUAGCUCGCGUAUCAACGGCGGUGAAUCGAUUAAUCAAGGAGAGACCGAACCCAAUUUUUCUGAACGCCGGGGACCAUUUUCAGGGGACGCUAUGGUACAAUGUUCAUCGUUGGAACGUGACCGCGGUGUUCAUGAAUAUGUUACCGCACGAUGUUAUGACAAUAGGGAACCACGAAUUCGACAAUGGCGUAGCAGGUGUGGUGCCAUUUUUACAGAAUGUCAAGGCGCCGGUGGUAGUGACUAAUAUAGACGCAACCGAUGAACCAUCGAUGAAGGGUCUGUACAGGAACAGCACGAUCCUCGAUAGGAAUGGUACCAAGAUCGGGGUCAUCGGUGUCAUCUUAUCAACGACAAAUACAAUUUCUACUACUGGGAGAUUGAAGUUUCUGGACGAAGUGAAGACCGUGAACGACGAGGCACGACGUUUGAAGUCCCAGGGUGUGGACAUUAUUAUCGUUCUGAGCCAUUGUGGACUGGACGUGGAUAGAAAAAUGGCCGCGGAAUGUCCCCUGAUCGACGUGAUCGUCGGUGGACACUCGCACACGUUCCUUUAUACAGGUCCGCCACCCUUUAUCGACACCCCCGAGGACGAGUACCCAGUCGUGGUGGUUCAAGAAAACACGAAGCGAACGGUCCUGAUUGUUCAGGCGGCCGCGUUCACGAAGUAUCUGGGAAACCUGACGGUGUGGUUCGACGGGAAGGGCGAGGUGGUUGAUUGGGACGGAAAUCCGAUUCUUCUUGAUUACUCCAUCCAACAAGAUCCCGUGAUGUUGGAGGCUCUAAAGCCCUGGAAAGUGGCCGUCGACGAGAAAUCGUUGUCCGUAAUCGGUCGAUCGAGGGUUUACCUGAGCAAUGGGUGUCGUAAAAGUGAGUGCAACCUCGGCAAUUUGAUCACGGACGCGAUGGUGGAUUCUUACGUGGAGAAAGCAGAAAACGAGACUUUUUGGACGUAUGCUGCAGUCGCGUGUAUGAAUCCCGGAGGAAUACGUGCCCCCAUCGAAUCCAUGGGCAAAGACGUCACUUUCGGUGAUCUGAUGAUGGUUCAACCCUUCGAAAACACGUGGGACACCCUUGAGUUGCGUGGGAGUUGCAUCUUGAAAAUACUAGAAUUGAAUGGAAUUUUAGUGUGGUCCGGCUUAAAAGUGACAUAUAACGUCACUGGGAAUACCAGAACUGUGUUGGACGUAUUGAUAAGGUGUCGUGCUUGCGAAGUGCCAAGAUUCGAGAAGCUAGUGCACGAUGAAUGGUACAGGAUCGUGGUUCCAACUUUCCUGGUCACCGCUGGCGAUGGAUUCACGCCUUUCGAAACCUGCGGAAGGAAUCACCAAAUCGGUGACAUAGAUUCCGAACUAUUGGAAAAAUACAUGAAGAAGAUUAGCCCGAUUACAGUCGGAAUGGAUCGCAGAGUAGUGUUCCAAAAGGGGGACAAAGCGUAGUCGAUCAAAAGUCAUUAAGACUGACGAAGACUGACCAUAGUUAGACAACCAUCACAGACAAAAAUUAUACAUUCCCUUACUUUAUCGUGUUCCAAAACCUGGAACGAA